GCAGUGCUUUCCACUGCUAGACUUGAACUGGACGCGAGCGGAAUUAAGAAACAAAUUGGCACAACGGUGGCACUCGAGCCGUUUUAUGAGAGACGCGGCAGACUUUAGGGCACGAAAGGACAAAAAUUAUACAACUUUGUUGAUAAUUAAAUUUGCCAAAGGGAGAGAUGGUCUGCUUAGGAUAUUUGUUAAGCCAGGUACUGUUGCUGGUCCUGGCGGAUGCUGAGAAGCUUCAUCACAACAGGGAUUUCUCUGAUAUCCAGCAGCCCUCCAACAAUCAAGCAAGGCCUAUCCAAACUCUUCAGUCUGCUAAGGAAUAUUUAUCUAAGUAUGGAUGGAUUAAACCUGUAAACUGGGAUUACCUAGAGCAUGAAAAGGAAGAAGAUACUGUCCCCCCAGAUAUAUUUGCGCCUUUAAUAGAAGGAUAUGUAAAGAGCCGUAAUGUAGAGAAAUCAUCUACCACAGAACCCACAAUGGACUCAGGUUUUAACAAGGCACUUAAACGUUUCCAAGAAGUGAACAAGUUGCCAGUAACAGGCAUCCUCGAUGAUGCCACAAAAACAGCAAUGAAUCGACCAAGAUGUGGUGUUCCCGAUUAUAAAGUUUCACAAAAUGACGAUGACCCUGGUGACAAGGAAGAAAUAAAGUCCAACUCAGAAAAUAAUACAAGUGACAGUAAUGGUGUAUACAACAAGAGCACUGUGGAGGUGAAUGGCACCAACAUUACCAAUAGCAGCAGCAUAGACUUCAAUCGGACACAACAUUUUCUUCAAAAACUGGUCGAGCACUCACGUAAAAAAAGAAGUGAUACGGACUAUAUUGACAACAGCAUCCCAGGCCUGGGGUUCUCUAAGCCAGUGCUGAAAUGGAGACUACUUGGCGAGGGAUACAGCACUAGGCUUCCUCCAGGUGACCAGAGGGAAACACUGAAACAAGCUUUCCGAAGAUGGAGCGAGGUGAUUCCUUUAAACUUUGAAGAGGACCUGAGAACAAAUGCUAAUCAAAUAGAUAUUAAGCUGGGAUUUGGCACUCGAAAACAUCUUGGGUGCUCCCAGGUGUUCGAUGGCACAGGACAAGUGUAUGCACAUGCUUGGCACCUCGGAGAUGUUCAUUUUGAUGAUGAUGAACACUUUGUGAUACCAAAAAAUGAUCAAGGAAUAAGCUUGCUGAAGGUAGCAGUCCAUGAAAUUGGCCAUGUCCUUGGACUUUCCCAUAUCAACAGGCCGGGGUCAGUAAUGCAGGCCAAUUACAUCCCAGAGGACACAAACUUGGAGCUUGACUGGAUGGACAGAAAAGCAAUUCAGCAAAUCUACGGUUCCUGUGAGAACAGUUUCAGCACUGUGUUUGACUGGGUCUACACAGAGAGGAGCCUCUCGGGGGAUCUGGUUUAUCGUUUCAAUACCUACUUUUUCCGGAAUAGUUGGUACUGGAUGUAUGAGAACCGGAACAACAGGACACGCUAUGGAGACCCUAAUCUACUGACUUUAGGCUGGCGGGGGCUACCUUCCAGUAACAUUGACGCCUUUGUCCACGUGUGGACAUUAAACAAGGAUUAUACUCUUUUCUUUAAAGGUACACAGUACUGGAGAUACAAUAAUGAAAAGGACGAAGCCUACAAAGACGAUCCAGAAGGUGGAGUGUACCCGAAGCUGAUCAGUGAAGGAUUUCCUGGUAUUUCUAGCCCCAUUGACACUGCUUACUUUGACAAAAGAGAUCACAACAUCUAUUUUUUCAGAGGAAAUGACGUCACGGCAUUCAAUGUGGAUUACAACAGUAAGGUUGCUGGAUAUCCCAAAAGGAUUGUGGAUGUCUUUCCUCCAGUGUCAUCCAAUGACCACCCAGUAGGAAACCUGGAUGCUGCCUACUUUUCCUACUACUAUCAGGCUAUUUACUUCUUCAAGGAUAACAUUUUCUGGAGAGUGGUGGAUGAGAAGGACAAAACAGUAAACCAUUCUUUGCCUCACAAUGGCUUGUUUCCUAAUCAAAGAAUCAAAGACCAGUGGUUUGACAUUUGUGAUGUUCACCCAUCCAUGAUGAACACAGCGUCAAGUAGUAAAAUUAACAAUUAAUUGUAGAAAACUCUAACGAGUACAAUGCUACUAAAAUUCAUGUUAACACUGCCUCAUUUGAAAAUUCAAUUUCAGAAGAUGUCAGGAAAGAUUCUCCCACUGGAUGAGCAGCCGUAUUCUGCCAUUUACAUAAGACAUACAAGUAAAAUACAAUAAUUGACACACUUUCUUGUUGAAUGGAGAGACAAAACAAUAAACUGGGCAUCUUCUAGGCAAGAAUUCAAGAAUACAAUUAUAAGGUUGCUGUACUCCACCUACAGACAGAGAGAAAGAAAAAGGUAGCUAGGUAGUUCAGUGGCCUGGUUACAUGGAAUUGCAUAAAUAACACUGCACAACAAUUUAUUUUCUUGCUUCCUGAAAAGUUGCUGAUUGUGACAGGUACCUACUG